AAAUGUCAGAAUUGAUGGUAAAGGAAUGUUGGAAUUAAUAGUAGAGAAAAGUUGGAAUUGUAGUGAAAAAAUGUUGGAAUUGAUGGUAAAGAAAUGUCAGAAUUAUAGUGAAGAAAUGUCAGAAUUGAUGGUAAAGGAAUAUUGGAAUUGUAAUAGAGAAAUGUCAGAAUUAAUGGUAGAGGAAUGUCAAAAUUAA